ACAAUAAAUGAAGCUCAUAUUUUGCCCAAUUGGUACUAGUUAAAGAAGGAAAGGGAAUUGAAGAUAGAAUUGGAAGUCCGUCGGGAAAUGGCUAUGGUUGGUGUACCGUCGGGGGUGUUGGCUUGGCCGAAAGUGAAAGUUGAGCAUGGAAGUAAAGCAGCUGGUAUGCCGCGGGUUUCCUGUUUCUCUAAAAGUACAUCAUCAGAAACCAAAAGCCCUUCUACUUCUACUUCUACUUCUACUUCUAGUGUGUUUGAUAACCUAUUCCUUAGUCUAUUCCGGAACAAAAUGGUCCAGGAGACGGGAUGGGAUUCACAAAAGCCCGGGUACGAGGGUCUGAUUGAAGUGGCUCAUCGUCUCACGCUUGCUCAGGACAAUUCUCAAACCAGAGACGCUGCGGUUCGGAUAUUGAGAUCAUUAUUCCCUCCUUUGUUGUUGGAGCUCUACCGGAUGCUUGUUGCACCUAUAGAUGGUGGUAAAUUUGCAGCCUUGAUGGUCGCAAGGGUGACUGCAUUAUCUUGUCAAUGGCUUAUGGGUCCAUGUUCUGUUAAUUCGGUGGAUCUUCCUAAUGGCUCCUCUUUGAUGAGUGGGGUUUUCGUGGAGAAAUGCAAGUAUUUGGAAGAGAGCAAAUGUGUGGGUGUAUGUAUUAAUACAUGUAAACUCCCUACACAGACUUUCUUCAAGGAUCACAUGGGAGUUCCAUUGCUGAUGGAGCCAAACUUCACCGAUUAUAGCUGUCAGUUUAAAUUUGGGAUUCUUCCUCCUCAGCAAGAAUUUGACGACGCUCUUAAAGAGCCAUGCUUGGAGAUAUGCCCCAAUGCUGUUCGUCGAAAAGAAAUGAACCACAGCACGCAUGCACACAAGUGUCCAAGAGCAUGAAAUCUGCUCAUUUUCUGUUAGUAUCUUAAUUAUCCUGUUAUUAUACUACCUUGAGUACUAUUGCUAGGCCUAGUUGAUGGGACUACACAAUGGUAUGCAUGCAAACUAAGCAAAAGAUGGGGCGCGAUGGAGGAAAAAGAUCUGCAUACCAGCAACUUGUUGGGCAUAUAUUUUAGUCAUGCUAGUUGGUCUACUUCAGGUUCUAUGCUUUUUAUGAGUCUUUUAACCCUGUAAGAGAUUUUUAUGCCAUUAGCAAAUAUAAAGGACUUCUGGUACUAUUUAUUUUUA